CGCUUCUCGAGACGAAGCUCGAAGCUCGAAGCAGUAGCAGUUUCUUUGCUCUUAAACUUCUCGACACUCCUUUUCUCUCCAUUUGACCAUUCCCCAUCGCGCCGACGCUGCCAAACCUGUCACACAACGCAAGCCAACAAUCGCAACGAAUCGCGCCCCCGCCGCGCGGGGAUCGCGUCGCCCUCUGCGACCCAAUGCUUCUUCGGCCGCCUCCUGCCCCGAGGCGAUUCGACGACCUCGAUAUUCUCCUAUACGGACGCCGUAUUUUACGUGUAACCUACUAGACACGCACCGAGAUGCUGUCGCACCUUCGGUUCAAUCGGCGGGGUCCGUCAAACCCGACCUCGCCCUUGCCCGAGCAGGCCCCCGGGUGGGAUGCUACUGUCGCGCAACGCGAGCACCCGCAGCAGCGCCCUCGCGAUGUCUCACCACGCCCCGAUGCACGCCCACGUUCCCCAAAUCCGCCAACACUGCCCCCCAUUACCCGCGUGGCAUCGACCGGCUCCGACCACUUCUUUACCCCACACGACGAUACCCCACCACCGUCCCAGGACGCCCACCAACCCCCGGCUCGUGCUGGUUACGACGAAGACAACAAGGCCGGCUUUAUCGGUGGGGUUGCUCUGCAGAACUAUCGAAAGGCAGUACGAGUGCCACAGUCAUCACAGGCACCACAGGGGCCCAGCAAUGGUAUGACUAUGGCUGGCCAGGUCCCAGGAAACCAACUCUCGCGGGCCAAACCCCCGCCUCCCCCGAUCAAUACUGGCGUCACUGCUCGCCGGACUGUCCAAGGAAACAAGCAGACCAAACCUUCGUGGUUCUCGACGCCGACCGAUCUCCAAGGACCUGGUGGGGCUGGGAAACGGCCCGCCGGGACACGCCUCAUAAGCGAGCCCGCACUUGUUCCCGCUGCCGAGCCGCAAAAGGGGAGGAAAGGCUUGCCGUUUUUGAAGAAUCCCAUGUCCUCCCUCCUCCGGCUCCGAGCUACGACCCCCCGCAUCAAAGGCACACGGAUCCAUGACUUUAGCGCCCCCAGGCCGAAGAAGACAGUGUCGGGUGAUGCUGCUUCGACGACCAAACAAGAGGCGAUUUCGCCCGUUUCCAGGUCUGGAGAUCGUGGCGAAUCGGGGCCUCCUUCGUUCGGGGAGGGGCCUGUUGUCUGUUCCCCAGCGGAGCCCGCUCAGGGUGCCAUUGACUUACCCAAGCACAGCCAAAACGGUGAUUCGCAACUUGGGCCAGAGGGAAGAAGACCGUCGUCAAGCACGGUCCGGCCGCGCCAGUCGACGUCGCUUGCCCCGCCAAAUGACGGAUCCAGUGUGCAUACAUCGUCUUCCGGCGCCUCUAGAAGGACGCAGACGGCCACUCGCCCACCUACCGCCUCGACGUCGAUCAAGACCACGGCGUCUCGCCAGUUGUCCAAGUCGGACAUGUCAAGAGGGAAUUCCGUUGCUUCUGCCGUGCCAAAACAUAUGAAGAGCACGUCCUCGAGAUUCAGCUUCGACAUGAUCGGAGCCGCCGAGCAGGAGAGAGUGCUGGAGGAGCGCCAUAGACAACGGGAGCAAGAUAAAAAGGCAUCUGGCGACCCGGGCGAUGCCCGAUUUGACGACUUUGAUGAAGAUUUCGACUACGACGCAAUGAUGGAUGACGACGGGUUGGAAGAGAGGAUACCUGGCGUCAAUGCCGACUACGAGUACGACGACUAUGGGGAGGGCCUCGACGACAAUCUCGAGGCUGACCUCGAUGACCCGGACAAUGAUCAGGAAAACUUUGCGGGGUUUACUUUCCAGCGCUCCAACCCUGUAUCCUCACUUGCGAGCCCGCAUACCCCAGGAAUGGUGGCGACGCCGCGAGAUGCAGCCGGAAACGUGAUCGGCUUUGCCACCACCAAGGACACUACCCCAACCGCCGAAUCACCCAUGUUUCCCGGCCAUCUACAUGUGCCCAAAGAAGAAGAUAGCCUAGCCGCGCCCGACGAGUCAAUUUACCGGCCAAGCGAUCCUCCUGCCGCGACCGCCCAACAACCCGCCCUGCGAUCCGAGCAUGACGAUAUCUACUUUGAUGAUGGGUUGGCGGACGAGUUGGACUUUGAGCACGACGGGACUGUGUUUGACGAGUCCAUUUUCGACAACAACGACACAGAUCGGUACGGGCGGCCCAUCCCCGGCGCCUUCGCCCAGGCCAAAGAGGCCAUGCAGUCUGCUCAUCAGCAGCAGCAGCAACAGGUGCAGCAACAGCAGGGAGAUGAGGGGGCGGAGGCAGAACAGCAGCAACCCCCAAGUCGCGAGCCCGACCUGGCAUCCACCACACUAAGCCAGCCAGCGGUUGUUGAUGCCGCGAACCAGCCGUCACCCAGCAUCAACGCCCAGCAGCCGCCCGUACGGGAAAUGGAUGAUGAAGUGUCGCCGCCCAAGGACUCUCCCGAGCCCGAGGCAGACCCCGAGGGUCAGGAUUUAGCUUACCAAGCUGCCCUGGCCGCGGCCGCACAGAUAGCAGCAGCAUCGGGCAAGUUUACGAGGAGCGCGUCUCCCGAGGCACUGGCCGCGUUAGGAGAUGCACCCCUUGACGAGCUCGCCGGUUAUGAGGAUGACGGAGGUGACGGAUACGUCGAUGACUACGCCAUCGAUGAUUUGGGGGACAAUUUUGACGAUUUCGAUUUUGACGACGAAGCCAUCAUCGCCGAAGCCAACGCCAGCGCCCUCGCCAACGAUUCGGACGGGUUUUACGGCCAAGAAUUCGGCUUCUACUCGGCCCCCUUGACCCAUCAACCUCACAACAAUAACAACCACCACCAACCCUCCACAGCCGCCGGUACAACCGCUACGCCCUCCGGCGUGCUCACAAGCGAAAACCUCUUCCAGUACGCCAACGGCGGCUUCUUCGGCCCCGCCAGCGCGGGCCUCGACCGCAGCACGUCGGGCCGCGUCGUGCGCGAGCCCAACCUCACGCCCAUCACGGAGCGGUCCGAAUACUCCAACCGCAACUCGGUCAUGAGCUUCACCCUCCCGCCCGCCAUCGGCAACGGCGGCAGCGAGCGCAACUCCAUCACCUCGCCCGGCCUCGCCCAGCUCGCCCUCCUGCCCCCGGACGCCGACGACCUCAACAUGGGCAUGUCGGCCCUGAUGAAGCUGCGCUCCCGCGCCUGGGGCGGCUCCCAGCCCAGCUUGGUCUCGUCCCGCGAGGGCAGCCCCCGCUCCGAGCGCGCCUCGCUGCCUUCAGCUCUGGGACCGCUCCCGCCGCUGGACGCUGGCGGCUCGCCGUACGGCACCGUGCCUGCUCAUCUGGCCGGCCAUGUGCGGGUCAACUCCGGCCUGUCGCUGUGGAGUACCUCCGAGGCGGCUGAGGAGGAUGGGAAACCCCCCGUGAACGGGAAUGUGAGUGGCGUGGGCAGCCCCGUUCAUAUCGCCAUGGCCAUGGGCAUGUCCUCCCUCCGAAGCCAGGGCCAGGGCCAGGGUCAGGGUCAGGGGCUGGCGCAGGGCGUGGUCCUGCCCCCCCGCCCGGGAAUAGCACCGGUAGCGGGGCCAACGGGAUGGUGGUGCCCCCGCUCCCGCAGCGGCCCCACUCGCUGUUCCUGCCCCCGCAGUCGCCGCUGUCUGUGCUGUCGCCGGCUGCACAACCCUUGCCCGCGCCGGUCGGCGGGACGGCGUGCUCGCCUGUGCUGGAGGGCGAGGAGGUUGAUGGGGAGGGCGCUGCUGCUGCUGCUGCUGCGGGUUGUGGUGGUGGUGUUGCGGAUGGGUCCCGGCCCGCCAGCGGCAUGGCCGGCAGGGCUCGGCGGACAGUAUCUCGUACCGGUGGGAGGCGGAGGGCGGGGAGAGUAA